AUGAAUUCAAGUAGUAGUAAUAAUAAUAAUAAUACUAAUAAUAGUAAACCUCGGCAGAACUCUCCUGAUACUUAUACAUCAAUGCCUCGUAUUUCAACUAAUCGAAAUACAUCUGUAUAUUCUUCUUCUUCUUCUUCAAGUAAUAAACAACUUAGUAAUAGUAAUAAUAUGACUAAUACUAAAACAUCACCAGCUGAUAUAAAUUCCACUUGUGAUGAGCAUAAUAAUAAUUCUAGUAUAAAUACUAUUCCUACUUCUAUCACAACUAUUUCAACAUUAAACCUUCAUAGUCAUCAUCCAUAUCAUCCUGCCAAUGUGUCGUCAACAACAACUUUGUCAUCUUCAGCAUCGUCUAUUUCCACUGCCUCCUUAUCCACUUCGUCUAUUGAUCCCGGUUUAGUAACGAUGUCUAAUUUAAAUACAACAUGUAUUGGUACAGAUCAGUCAACAGUAACAACACCAGCAUUGUUGACAAAUGAAUCAUCUAAUUCAUUAUCGUCAAGAUCAUGUGAUUCAACAACAUCUAAUCUUAUUGUAAAUUCUCCUAAUCGUUCAGUAACGACAACAAAUAAUAACAACAAUACUAAUAAUAAUAAUGUUAGCAGUAGUAAUAGUACAACAAAACGCAAAAAUAGUCCAACAACUACUGAAGAUGAUUUAACUACUGCCAAUACAAAUAAUAGUAACAAUAAUAACAAUAUACAAUCAUACUAUUCCACAACAUAUCCAAAUACAUCAACAAUAGCUGGAUCUAAUAGUUUGAUGCAUAGUGGAAUUUCUAUCGCAACCGGUGGAAUAAACAAUAACACCAAUACUAUGAAUAAUAAUAAUUCCCAUCGUUUAUCUUCAAAUAAUCCUGUUACUGGUGGAACACAUUCCCAUUUAAACUAUUCUGAUAUUAACUCAAGACAUGUUGGCAAUAAUAUGUCACAGUCGAAUUUGUCUAAUUCAACAGCGUCAGUGACAGCUUCCACUGGAUCAGCAAGUAUACCAGGUGGAGCCAAUUCAGGAUCUUUAAAUAAUGCUGUAAAUACUGGACAUGGUAUGAACAAUGCUGAAACAACUAUUCAUAAAGCAAGAUCAGCUUUAUAUGAACAUCCAUUAUUUCCAUUAUUGGCAUUGAUCUUUGAGAAAUGUGAAUUAGCCACAUGUACACCACGAGAUCCAAUGUCAGCUGCUGCUGCUUCAGCUUCCGGUAAUACAAACACAGGUAAUAUGGAAGUAUGGUCAUCUGAAUCAUUUAAUGAAGAUAUUAUUGUAUUUGCGAAAGAAUUAGUUAAUUCCAAAAAACUAUUCGCACUGAUAAUCCAAGCUAUUCAAGUUCUCCGAUUUCAUCUUCUUGAAAUAGAAAAAGUUCAUGAACUCUGUGAUAACUUCUGUUCUCGUUAUAUAACAUGUUUACGCGGUAAAAUGCCGAUUGAUUUAGUAAUUGAAGAUAGAGAUUCUGCUGGAUCAACUGGUUCAGGCAAUAGUCCACAACCUGUUAAUUGUUCAAUGAAUCAAUCAAUAAUUAAUUCAAAUACAUCGUUAGGGUUACAACAUGGAAAUCUUCCCAGUGGUCAUUCUACAACAACAACACCAACAACGAAUCUGUUUAAUAAUUUAAUUGAUGAUUCAAAUGGAGGAUUGAAUAUGCAACAUAAUUUAUCUCAUCCAAAUAUUGGAAAUUUUGCAAAUAAUAAUAAUAAUCAUCAGCAUCAUUCAGGAUUUCAUGGGGAUCCAGCAGCUGCCUACGCGGCAGUUGCUGCCGCUGCAGCAGCAUCGUCUGUAACACAAAUGGGUGGAUUAUUAGGAUUAGGCGGUAUGUAUCCAUGUUCGAAUUUACCUGCUGGAUCCAGUAAUGCAUUCCAUUCAAUGUUUGGAGGUGGUGGUAGUGGUGGUGAUCCACGAUAUAAUCCUAAUCCGCAUAAUUCCCCAAUGUCUGGUUUUUCAGACUCUUCAAGUUAUUACGCACAACAACAACAAUUACAUCAUAAUCACCAUCAACAGCAACUCCAUCCACAUCAUGGUGGUAAUGAACUUAGACCACCACAUCUUGGUUCACCUUAUACAAAUCAUCCAUCUGGGUUAUCAGGUGGGCAUGGUGGAACAAAUUUAACAGGAUUUGGUCAACAUCAAUUAUCUGCAGAUGCAUUAUCAUCAUCUUCAUCAUCUGGAAUGGUCGGACGAUCAAAAAAUUCUUCCCCUUUACUUGGAAGUGUUGGAAGUCGGCGGUCACCGGAUGCAGAUGAUCGGACUAGUCCUAAUGGCGGUGGAAAUACAUGUCACCGUAAUGGAGCAUCUGGGUGUGGAAACUCCAACAAUCGUGGUAGUGGUGGUGGUGGAGGUUGUGAUGGAAAUGGAGGAGGUGGUGGGGAUGGGAGCGGCGGCGGCGGUGGUGGUGGUGGUGACCGUGGACGGUCAUCUGACAAUUCUGGUGGGGGUGGACGUACUGCUUCUGGUACAACAAUUUCCAACACUCAACAUAUUGCUGAUCAUAGCUUGGUUCGCCAAACUCAUAAUCAUCAUCCACAUUCACUCAAUCACAUGUCACAAAAUUUAUCUCAGUCCAAUACACCAAUGUCUCGUAGUCAUGGUAAUGCCAGUCAAGAUAUGAACAGUGAAGCGGGUGAUGGAAUUGAUAACUCAAUUGGAUCGGGGGAAAAUUUUGAUGAAUUUGAUUUAGAAGAAAAAUCAAUAAAACGUCAGAAAAAACGUGGUAUUUUCCCUAAAGCUGCUACAAAUAUUAUGCGAGCUUGGCUAUUUCAACAUCUAUCACAUCCUUAUCCAUCGGAAGAACAAAAAAAGCAAUUAGCUACAGAUACUGGUUUAACAAUUCUACAAGUAAAUAACUGGUUUAUUAAUGCUCGACGACGUAUUGUUCAACCAAUGAUUGAUCAAUCAAAUCGAGCCGGACCACAUGGCUAUCCCCCCGAUGCUGCUGGAUGUUUACCUUAUAUGGAUAAUCAACAUUUUGCUGCUUAUGGUCGUCCAGGCUUUCACCCAUCAUCUCUUCGUCCUGAAGAGUUCUAUGCGGCAGCUGCAGCCGCUGCAGUUGGAAACAACGCGUCAGCUGGUGAUCUAGACGGUCAUUUAAAUUCUGGACGUCCCAAUCUUCCCGGUGGGGGAGGAUAUAUGUCAAAUUAUUUAGGCGGUGGUAGUCUACCAGACUCGGAUUUCCCAAAUCCAAAUAACUAUCAGCGUGGUGGUGGUGGGUUAUUCCCUAAUUCUGGAAAUGGUGUUGGGGGUGGAGGUGCUUAUCCACCAAUAUUAGGUGGUCAUCUUCCCUAUGGUCCUUAUUCUACUCCUUCACCAACUCCAUCGUCGAACACUCCUAAUCAUAUGUCUGGAAGACAUUCUAAUCAAUUCCCUGGACAGUUUGGUUUGUUUCAAAAUUCCCAUAAUAGUAACAACAUUUCGGACAAUAAUAAUAAUUAUAAUUAUACAGCAAAUGAGUCAAAAAUGCGUACGGCUGCUGAUGUGGAUAGUGUGCAAAAGGCAACUUUAGCUGUUGCUCAGUACGCGGCAGCACUCGCCUUACAGCAACAACAACAACAAAGUUUGAAACGUAAUUAUUCUGCAACUAAUACAACUACUGCCACUACUACUAACAGUAAUCAUAAUCCUAAUUUAAGUAAUAAUUCUACAUUGUCUCUAUCCACUACAGGUUAUAAUUCACCUAAUUAUAGAGGAAUGAGUAACGGUCAUUCUAUGUCAUCUGGUCAUCCGACACCAUUAUCUCCAACACAUAAUGAUAAUUCGGUUUUUAAUGGACCUAAUAAUGUGAUGAAUAACAUUCCAUCUGCACAUUUACAACAUUCAAUAAAUAAUCCUACUGCUGGUUCACCAACAUCAUCAUCAUCCUCACCAUCAUCAUUCCCAGUGUUGAAUAGACAUACAAAUUUAAAUUUAUCAAAUUAUAAUCAUCAUACAAAUCAUGUAACUGGUCAUCAUCAUCACUCACAUCAUCAUCAUAGUAGUGGUGGGUUCUUACCUUCCGUUGGUGGACAAGACACAAUACCCCAACCAUCAUUGCAAGAUAUCCAUGCAGGUUAA